CCCACACGCCGGCGCUGGCUUUAUAAGACUGGUGACGGCACUGAAGAAAGGAAGCCGAUAGUUACUAAACAUGGCUAGAACGAAGCAGACAGCACGUAAAUCCACCGGAGGAAAGGCUCCCAGAAAGCAGCUAGCUACAAAGGCUGCCCGUAAGAGUGCCCCGGCCACCGGUGGCGUGAAGAAGCCUCACCGCUACAGGCCCGGAACCGUGGCUUUGAGGGAGAUCCGCCGUUACCAAAAAUCUACUGAGUUGUUGAUCCGCAAGCUACCCUUCCAGCGCCUGGUCCGGGAGAUCGCUCAGGACUUUAAAACAGACCUGCGCUUCCAGAGCUCUGCUGUUAUGGCUUUGCAGGAGGCAAGCGAGGCGUACCUGGUCGGUUUAUUCGAGGACACCAACCUAUGCGCCAUUCACGCCAAGAGGGUCACUAUCAUGCCCAAAGAUAUCCAGUUAGCCCGCCGCAUCCGCGGAGAGAGGGCAUAAGCUGAUCUGAGACUACUUUAUACACAACAACGGCUCUUUUAAGAGCCACACAACUACAUCUGAAGAGCUAAUUUCACAAGUCAAUAGUCCCUGAUUAUGAAAACUUGUUACAAAUUGUUCGUAAGAGAGCACGGGAAAAUGCUGUUCUACCUCUCACUUGGCUCUGUGGUGAAAGAAAAAUAGUUAAAU